UUUUCUCCCACACAGAGAGCGGAGCGAGAGUUCGUCCGCGAACGAGCGAGAGCGCAGCGCCAGUCGGGUGGGCUGGGGAUCAGUCAGAAGUAGCGAGAGCGAGGAGCAGCGACGAGGUGUAGUAGGAGCGUUCAGCGGCAACGUUUUCGUGUGCGAGUGAGUGUGUGUUCUCGAACAGCGCGGAGAGCUCGCACAGGAAGAUCAUCGCCGACGGCGAUGCAGCCGCAACAUCACCAGCUUCCCAAUUGUCAAAUGCUUGCGCACUUCUUCGACGACGUACUGCUGAUUGCCCACCGCCGGAGGUAUCGUUACACACAUAUAGCUUGCAAACACACAGGCAUACACUCGAUUACAUAGGCAUACCCCAAGGAUCGACGCCCCCUCGCGCGUUUCGACCGUGGAAUUUUUAUAAGUCAGUGAUGAAGCCGUAUUCUAGAAUCAUAUACAAAGAUGACAGAAGUAUCAUUGAAGGAGCGUGUUGAGGGUAUAUCCAACCCACCAAUAAUCAUGGCAGGUACUAUUCAUCACUACAAUAAUCCACCACCUGACAUCAUGCCUAAGGGACUAGCAAUCAAUGGUGUGGUGUCAAGGCUGCGGCAGUUAGAAGCCCUGUUUGUAGGUGGGCCAGUUCAGGGUGGAAGGAUGGGCCACACAUUUUCUAUUGAGACGCUCAUUGACAUUUUAUUAGUUUUGUACGACGAAUGCUGCAACUCAUCUCUACGACGCGAAAAGACUGUUUCGGAUUUCAUCGAGUUCGUGAAACCCGUGGCAACAUGCAUAAAGAGUCUACAGCUGGCACGAGAAGAUUUUGAGAUAGUGAAAGUAAUCGGUCGAGGAGCUUUCGGUGAAGUGUGCGUCGUAAGGAUGCGCGGCUCCGAGAAAGUAUUUGCGAUGAAAAUACUUAACAAAUGGGAAAUGCUGAAGAGAGCGGAGACGGCGUGCUUCCGUGAAGAGAGAGAUGUACUCGUCUACGGCGAUCGUAGGUGGAUCACCAACCUUCACUAUGCCUUUCAGGAUGACAAUAAUCUGUACCUGGUGAUGGAUUACUACUGCGGUGGUGACUUGUUAACUUUACUCAGCAAGUUCGAAGAUAGGCUGCCCGAGGAUAUGGCACGCUUCUACAUUGCUGAGAUGGUGCUUGCUAUUGGCUCAAUUCACGACUUGCGCUACGUUCACAGGGAUAUCAAGCCUGACAACGUGCUACUCGACGCCAAUGGCCAUAUUCGACUCGCCGACUUUGGCUCUUGCCUUAAACUCUUUGAAGACGGUACCGUGCAGAGCAACGUUGCCGUUGGCACACCCGAUUAUAUUUCUCCCGAAAUUCUUAGAGCGAUGGAAGAUGGACAAGGAAGAUACGGUCCCGAGUGCGAUUGGUGGUCCUUAGGAGUGUGUAUGUAUGAAAUGCUUUACGGCGAGACUCCAUUCUAUGCCGAAUCUCUAGUCGAAACAUAUAGCAAAAUUAUGAAUCAUAAGAAUUGCUUUGACUUCCCCACGGACGAUUGUUAUGAAGUUUCCGAAGAGGCUAAAGACCUCAUGCGAAAGCUUAUUUGCAGUUCUGAUUUUAGAUUAGGACAAAAUGGAAUUGAUGAUUUUAAGAAACAUCCCUGGUUCGAAGGAGUCAGUUGGGACAUUAUAAGGGAUAGUACAGCACCUUACAUUCCCGAAGUUUCCUCGCCAACAGAUACGUCCAACUUCGACGUAGACGAUAAUGACGUUCGAAGUUCCGAUGCGGUGCCUCCGGCAGCUAAUUCUGCAUUUUCAGCCUUACAUCUUCCAUUCGUUGGUUUUAGUUUUACGCAAGGAAGUUACAUUUCCGACUUGAGCACAUUCUCAUCGCAAUCUCAAAAAGACAAAAACCUGAAGAUGCUUGAAGAAGAGAAUGCACAGUUGGCACAAACAAUUGCUGAGCUAAAAAAUCAGUUGACCGCUAGUCAUACGUCGCCGACUACUGUAUCACCAGAUUCGAACAAUGCAACGAGAAAACUCCAAGAUGAAAUCAAUACGCUUACAAAAAGAAAUUGUGAAUUAGAAUCUCAGUUGAAAUCUUUGGAGGUGCCUAGGGAAUUGCGCCCGAUCGAUAGCGGCGACAUGGCAAAAAUACGCGAACUUGAAAAGUUGGUGCGUACUUUACGUCUCGAAAAAGAUGAAGCAAUAAAGGACAAGCUUGACGCUCUGGAAAGGUUGAAGCUACAGGAAAAAGAGCUAAAAGAUGCUUUAACGCAAAGAAAAUUGGCUAUGGAAGAAUAUACGGAAGUUACGGACAAACUAUCAGAGCUACGCCAACAAAAACAAAAGCUUUCUCGUCAAGUACGUGACAAGGAAGAAGAACUUGAAGUGGUCAUGCAGAAGGUAGAUAGUUUGCGCCAUGACAUUCGCAAAGCCGAGAAGCUCCGUCGAGAACUGGAGGGUCGCAUCGAAGAAGCCAUGGCCGAAACGAGCAAAGAACGUAAAUUGCGCGAGAGAAGCGAAGAGUACUGUAAACAAAUGCAAGAGGAAACAGAAAAAAUUAGGCAACGGCAAAGCAGCAAUGAUACAAGCACGAAUCACGCACUUGCUACCCAAGAAAUCAAUCGUCUAAAGUCGGAAGUAGAAAAUCUCGAGGUGCAAUAUAACGAGAAUCUUAAUCAACAACAGAGUCGUUUCAACUUAGAGAUUCGUGGGCUGCAAGAACAGCUACUCGAGGCUGAGACGAGACGUGAGUUACUUGAACGCGAAGUGCAGUUGACGAAGGAAAAGCUUGAGAACGCGAGGUUGGAAAAUCUCACGGAUAGCGAAGAGACGAUCAACGAAUUGAAUCGUAGACAUGAGCGCGAAAAAAUGAUGAUCAUCGAAGAAAAUAAGAAACUCAUGCUUGAACUGAACUCUGUUACGGAUAGUGUUAACAGGAUACAAAGCGAGAGGCGUCAACUCGAAGAUGAAUACGAAGAACUUAGAAAUAAGAAGGAGGCUAUUGCGCAGUGGGAGGCUCAGAUCACCGAGAUUAUUCAGUGGGUAUCCGAUGAAAAAGAUGCAAGAGGCUAUUUACAGGCUCUGGCGACAAAAAUGACUGAGGAGCUCGAAUUCUUGAAACACACGGGAGGUCCUGGUGGUGUUGGAGGUGGCUCGACUAUCACAGACAAAAACUGGCGUAACAGACGGUCGCAGAAACUUGACAAGAUGGAGCUGCUUAAUUUACAGAGUUCAUUGCAAAGUGAAAUCCAAGCGAAGCAAGCGAUUUCGGAAGAACUGACGAAGACGCGUUCGGAUCUUAUUGCGGCACAAAAGGAACUACGUGAUUUCCGUCAACGAUUGGACUCGAUGUCGCACGAGAUGAAGCGCAAGGAGAUUCAAAUAAAAGAUCUGCAAAGCCGGCUAGAUUCCGGCGACGGCUUCGCCGCCAUCAUCGGCAAACAGCUACAACCACCAGCAUCAUCAUCAUCAUCAUCAUCAUCAUCAGUACAGCAACGUCAGCAGCAGCAGCAUCGUCGGGAGCAGCGACCAAGACGCGUCCUCGUCGUCCAAGGCCGAGUCGCAACUGUAAUGCGUCACACACAUCCAUUAGCUAGGCUUGCUCUUGUUGAUGAUGCCGCCGCCGCUGCCGCAACCGUCGCCAAAGCUACCACUCAUAUGGGCCGAUGCCCCGUUCUGGAACGACCAACCUCGCAAAUGUCGUAUCUCGAGCACUUUCUCAAAGAGACCGCGAGUAACGCCCGACACGGCAGCGUCGACAGCGUCGAGGGUGAUAUUGAGGACAACCGAGCACCGAGCAUCACCAGCAGCAAGAGCAACCUAUCCGAACUUAGCAUCGAUCCAACUUCUCCACUGUCCCAUGAGCUGCUGAACAAGUCGUCAGCAAUAUCGCAGAGCCACGUGACGGCGAAUCUUCAACCAAAGCCAAAGGCCCAUCAGUUCCUCGUACGCACCUUCUCUCAGCCGACCAAAUGCAAUCACUGCACUUCCCUCAUGGUUGGUGUGAUCAGGCAGGGUGUCGUCUGUGAGGUCUGCGGCUUUGCUUGCCACGUACAGUGCUGUGAGAAAGUGCCCUCCGUCUGUCCUGUUCCUCAUGAUCAAACGAAACGACCGCUAGGAAUUGAUCCAACACGCGGAAUCGGUACGGCAUAUGAAGGUUACGUCAAAGUACCUAAGAUGGGUGGUGUGAAAAAGGGUUGGGUGCGCCAAUUCGUGGUAGUGUGCGACUUCAAGUUGUUCCUCUACGACCUAUCCGACCGGAACUCCAUGCCAUCGGUCUACGUGUCCCAGGUACUCGACAUGCGCGACGAAGAGUUUAGCGUCAGUUCUGUACGCGACUCCGAUGUCAUUCAUGCCACCAAAAAGGAUAUUCCUUGUAUAUUUAGGAUAACAACAUCUUUGUUGGAACCACCUGGUUUGCGGAAUCACACGUUAAUGCUUGCCGAUACCGAGAGUGAAAAAGCUAAAUGGGUAGUGGCCUUGAGCGAACUACAUCGAAUAUUGAAAAGGAAUAAUCUCCCUAGUAAUACUGUAUUCCGCGCGAAAGAGUUGCUGGACAACACACUGUCCCUUAUUGUCGUUAAAAACGUAUUGUCAGGAUCUAUCAUUGAUCCAGAUCGUCUAGUCAUUGGCACCGAAGAAGGCCUGUUUUGUUUAGAUUUAGAUCGUAGUGAAAUCGCAAGAGUUGGCGAGGGUAAGAAGAUAUAUCAGCUGGAAUACGUAACGGAAGAGCAGUUGAUAGUCGUACUUAGUGGUAAGCAACGGCACGUACGUCUUGUGCCGGUUCGAGCCUUGGAUGGCGACGAGGUUGAGUGGAUUAAAGUCGCAGAGACCAAGGGAUGCAUCACGCUUACUACAGGAAAAAUGCGCAAAGAUCCUAAUAUUUAUUGCCUAUGUGUGGCUAUUAAGAAACAGAAUGCUUCGCAAGUUAUAAUAUACGAAAUAACGCGGACAAAAGCUCGGCACAAACGCAUACGUGAACUAAUGUUGCCCUGCCAUGCACAAACGUUGCAAGUCUUAGGAGAAGGGCGCCUUUGCGUUGGGUAUCCAUCAGGAUUCUCAAUAUACAGUAUUUUAGGAGACCACCAUCCAAUAUCUUUGGUUCAUCCAGAAAAUGCACUCUUGAACUUGCUAACUUUCAAUGCUCUCGAUGCGUUCAGGUGUAUUGAAUUGAAAAAGUCCGGAGAAUAUCUGCUAGCAUUUUAUUCUUUAGCUGUAUACGUAGAUAGUCAGGGCAGAAAAAGUCGUGAUAGAGAAAUCAUGUACACCGCGUAUCCUAAUGCAGUCAGUUACUGUGAAGGCUAUUUAUUGGUGUACACCGAUACGCACAUUGAUGUAUUUGACUGCGAGAAUGGUGAAUGGUUCCAAACACUUAACGUGAAGAAAGCCAAACCACUAAAUACGACGGGAUCGCUUACAACAUGUAUCAUUAACGAUAUGCCACAUGUUAUUUAUUUGAGCAAAAUGCAACAACGGGAAGUAUUGAAUCUGGGAUCAUUAGAUCAAAGUGGCAGAUCAAUGUCAAGACCUCGAAGAAGAUUCUCGCUGCGCGAGAAUAAUCGUGCUAUUCGCCCAACUGAUCGUCGUUCUAAAAUGAUAUCUGCUCCGACUAAUUUUAAUCACAUUACCCAUAUGGGCCCUGGAAAUGGUAUUCAAGUUCAAAGAUUAUUAGACUUGCCAACGACUCUGGAAACAGCCGAUCAACAAUACUUAGGAUCACAUUCUAGCCAACAUAUUUACAGCAACACACAACGACUUUACAGUGUACCAGUACAGCCUCCAAACAAGCCAGCACCACUGCCGCCCAGGCAUCCGCCUUCUGAUACCCGACGACUGAGUUCACAUAUGCCUAGAAAUUCUGGUUUCUCGCCUCACAACGGUUCAACAUCGUCUUCAAGAAGAGGACCAGCCCCACCACGACCAACUGCUACACCGCCGUCGUUGCCACGUACUCCCGUGGAUCAAGUUGACUCAGAGUCGUCCUCUAUACACAUGCGCUCGCAUACGCCCCAUUCUCUAGGCAGCAUUGCUUCGUUACAAGAUAAGGAGCACGUAUCGGGAGGCAGUCCGCGACACUCGAUAGCCUCCAACAACAGCUCAAAUCCAUCGACGCCACCCAGCCCUGCGCAUGACCAUGGAUCAUCAUCUUACGAUUCCUAAAAAAACACUAUAUAGCAUGAGACCCUGCCCUCCAUGAAAGAAACAUUUUAUGUAUGCAUGCGUACAUAGAGAGAAAAAAGGAAAUCAAGUGAACUCAAUGUUUGUAGCCGUUGGUAACAUUUUCCUCGAGGAUUAUAUGCGUUAUAUACACAAGAACCGUUUUACCCGACGAAGUUACCAUAAGAAUUUUUUGAACUUAUAUGUACAGUCUUGAUACAGAUUUUUAAUUAGAGAACACGAUUACAGAAGAAGAGAAAGAGAUGUAAUGUUGUAGUAGCUACAUAUACGCGCGUGCGACCGAGAUUUUUAUUAUAUUGCCUAUGUG